UACAUUUCAGCUGAAUGCAGUAUUUUUGUUUCGUUUUCAAAAAUCGUUUCGAAACCACAAGAAAAAAGCCACGGAAACAGUGAAGACUCGUGUAAUUACUAAAUUUCUGAUCGUUUGAGUGUCGAGGUGGAAGCAGCUGCUAGUGAAAAUCCGCGCAUAUUGGGCAAAACGCAAAAAUCAAUAAGCGAGAAAUUUUGUAAACACGCCAAGCCCCCGAACAGCCUCUGCGCUCCUCCCCCUCCCCACCAGUGAACUGUGACCGCCAUCCGCCCCAAAAAGAGCCAUUAGCCAUUGCCUGCCCCAUCAGCCAGCGUGACGGUAGAAGAAACCAUUGGUUUUGGUUAGCUGGCUAACCACAGCCAUCAUCAUCAUCGCUGAUCAUCGAUCGUGGAUCGGCAGUCGCUAAACGCUAAUCGUCAAUUGCUAAUCGGGGGAUCGUAUCUGUUACGUUACGCCUUUCAAAUGUUUUCCAAUCUGCCUCUGGCUGCGCUGCUGCUCCCGCUGCCACUGCUGCUCGUCGCGGUGCAGGCAACGGAGUAUGUGAAUCCGCCCCAGUCCUCUCCGUUUGAGCACCGUCUGGCCAAGCGAAUGGACUUGGAGGUGUGCAUAGGCCACUUUGAUGUCCACAAGAACACGAUAAUCCGCACCGGGGAGUCCCAGGCGAUCGGGGGCAAGUACUUGCAGGGCCUCGAGCUGGACACCAUUGAGGAGUGCGAGCGGCUGUGCUGCGAGACGGACGCCUGCGACGUGUACAUCUUCGAGCGGAAAGCCGGUGGCUACUGCUACCUGUUCGAGUGCGGUCCGCCAGAGAACUUCCACUGCAAGUUCACGCGGCACGCGAACUACACGAGUGCCGUGCUGACGCCCCAGCCCCAGGCCGCGCCCGCCGACGUCGCCAGCACCCCACGACCCCAGCUGCCGCACAUUCCCAGCAACAAUAUCUCGCAGCAGGAGUGGGAGCUCAGCAACCUCAAGCUUAAGCCGGAAGCGCGGGACAAGCCAGCGGUAUCCACGGCAGCGGCUGCGACUGCAGCUGCCACUGCCUCUGCCCCCACAUUGGGUGUGGCCCAGCCGGCGGUGGCCCCGGUCCAAAGUGCUCCCAUCAACCAUUGUGGUCGCUUCCAGUUCACUUGCCACUCGGGCGAAUGCAUCGCUGUCUACAACGCCUGUGACGGCAUACCCCAGUGCGAAGAUGGCAGCGACGAGGGACCGGAAUGCAUUACCGUUUCGUCGCCGGUCACCAAGCCCACGAGCAGCAACCUGGAUCCGGUCAAGCCCAUGGUCCAGCAAUACCUACCUGUUCCGCCCAUUCAGCAGCAGCUGCAGGUUCCAGCUCAGCAGUUGCAGUCGCAGCCACAGACACAGCCGCAGUUGCUGUCGCCGCAACAGCAGCAACAUGUUAUAGUUCUGGGUCCACCGCCACCACCUCCGCCACCCCCACCGAUGGUUAACAAUCGCGAGGAUGCCGCCGCUUGGGCCAAUCGCAAGAUAAUAGCCGAUGGGCAGCAACCACUACCUCAGCAACAGCCUCAGCAGCAAGUCCAUCUGGCGCAACCCCAGGGAGAGAUGUUGAAUGCAGAUGAGCAGAGCCACAUAUUCAGUCAUAAAGGGGGGCUCCAGUUGCAGCAGGCGACGAGUGGCCAGGCACAGGGGCAGGUUCAGGUUCAGGGGCACUCAGCACAGCUCCAAUUGCCCGGCUACGACAAUAAUCAAGCUCUGGCGGCUGGCCCUUUGUAUGGGAUGUCACUCCCGCGCUCCGGAAUGUAUUUGUCGCCGCCGCAGCAACAGCAACUGCCACAGCAAGCAUCCCCUGUCCAGCAGCAGAGUGCGGUAUGGCCCCAAGUACAGGCGCAACCAGCUCCAAUGGCACCUCAAAAACAGAGCCAUGUCUACGGGUCGGCUCCACGUAUGCCCGCCCAACAGCAGGCUAUGCUGCCUGUCCUGAAUGCAGCGCCCACACAUGGCAAGAGCCAGGGACCGGCAGCUGACGAAGACUAUGAUGAUUACGAGGAGGAAAAGUCCACAGAAGCUCCAAAGAAGAAGCAACGCAAGCACAAAAAGGUCAAAUCAAAGACCCCCAAGGACCCCAUAGAGCUGGCCCUCGAGCAAACACAACAGCAGCAGCAGGAAGUACCCGCUCUGCCCGUUCCUGCUUCGCCCGUGCAUGAGCAAUACAAGAUGAUCCACGAGAACCUGGCUCUGGAGUUUCGCGAUCACGAUGGUCACUCGGAGCGUCCUGGCGGAGCUGUGCUUUCCUUAACGUUCGGCCUGCUCGUGACUGCCGCCCUGGCCAUUCUCAUCGGCUGCCGGAUGCGGACAGUGGGCCGAAGGGCUCGACGUCUGGGCGGAAAGACGCCCUACUCACAGGAGGCGGAUUUCCUGGUCAACGGAAUGUACCUCUAAGGGCUGCAACACAGGCCAGGGACGGGAAAUUCCCAGAUUAUCUGAGUUGUUCCAUGAGCGUGCGCUGAUCUUCGUGCGGGGGAACGUGUCGGUACUUAUAUUUAUGAGUAAUACUAUAAUGAGAUACAUAUUUUAUAUAAACAAAUGUACGAGUAUAUCAAAUUAAAGUGAACUUAAA